AUGGAACUUGAUACGCUUUAUUCUUGUGGUUCUAACGGUUAUAAUGAAGCCUUAUUUUCUGAUACUUUUAAUUUCUUUAAUGAGAACUUUGAUGAUAUUUCGCUAUAUCAUAAUUUUCUUACCAAUGAUGUGAACUUUUUACCAGACUUGAAUUUUUUACCAGACUCUGAGCCACUAUCUCUUAACAGUAAUAUACAAUAUCUUGAACCACUUAAUGAUAUUCCUGAUUCUGAUAUUCCCACUUUUGAAUUAUUCAAUGAUAUAUCGAAUCCUUUUAAUUAUCAAUAUAACCUCGCUGUUAGUGACAGUUUUAAUGAUUGGUUGUCGAUCGAUGCAUUUAUGCAUCAAUACUGCUUCGAACGAGGCUUCAGUUAUCAAAUUUUUCAUAGUGAUAAGGACCCGAAAGAUCCCACUAUCAAAGUUUACAUUCGACAUGCUGGUAAUGAGCACCAUUUAUCUGGUACUUUUUGGAUGUCUCCUUUUCAACAAGAACUAUAUCAACGAUUUUCGGAUGUAGUUUUAAAUGACAACACCUGUAAAACAAAUAAAUAUAACAUGUAUUUAAGUGUUUUUAUGGUUAAAGACAACUAUAGAAGGUUUCAGAAUAUCGCAAAUGCACUAGUGAAAGAUGAAAUGUCUUCAACGUAUACAUGGAUUCUUCAAUGUUUAUUAAAAGCAACAGGUAUUACCCCAAAAUCAUUUUGGACAGAUUCUGAGCCUGGUUUGAUUAAUGCCAUUUUGCAAGUCUUUCCUACCACAUCACAUUUUUACUGCUUAUUUCAUAUUUGGCAAAAUGUUAUAAAUCAUCUUAAAGCCAAGUUGGGUUCAAAUUUCAACCAUUUCGCCAAGGCUUUCUAUGCCUGCAGAAAUGCGUUAUGUGCUAAGGCUUAUUUACCAUUACAAUUUAAUGCCAGCAUACAAAGCACCCAAAGCGUAGAAUCAUUUAAUAAUAUUAUCAAAAAGUCUUUAAAUGGUGCCAGCACGCUUUGUGAUGUUGAAACAGCAAUUGAUAAGAGGCAAGAAGAAGAAAUACGAUAUUGUCAAUUAUCAAAUAUUAAGACGCAAUAUACAACGAUUGGCCUUCCGCAUUUUUCUUUCCAAUUUUUUUCAAGUAUUGAUAAGGACAAAGAUGCUGACACGAUAGAUAAUAAUUUUGUAAAAGAUGUAGAUGACGAACUCCAAAUAACAUUAAAAGCUAUGUUAGAUGAAACAAUCACUAAGGGGAUAAUUUGUCGCUAUUUUUGGCAUGUGAUGCUUUAUUCAAAUGCAGCGAAGUUUCAUAUUAGUAUUAUACCCGUUAGAUGGUAUAAAGACGAGAUUCUAAUGAAGUUUGAUAAUGUUCUUGAAAAUUUACCAGUCUUUAUAGCAAUAUCUAUUAAUAGUGCAACACCAUAUGAAGUGGAUUUUACUCUCAAAAGUUUAAAACAUAUACAAGGGUCUAACUAUAAAGAAAAUAUACAACAAGUUAUUCCUCAAAGAAAUAGAUUCGGAGUAGCGUUCUCAACUGCGAAAAUGGCAAUUAAUAUCGUGUUGGAAACUAAGAGCGAUAAUGAUAAUGAAGAUAGUUUAGAAGAGAAUAUAGCCGCAGGAAGUAACAAUAAUGAAAAUAAUCAAAGUGAUAGUGAAAUACUUUCCUUACAACAGCGUUUGAUAACCCAAACAACAAACUCUCAUGUUACGAAAAUUAGAGGAGCUCCUUGUAAAAGAAGGAUCAAAGGUGCUAUGGAAGGUAAAAAGGUGGGUGAAGUUGAUAGUGAAGAAGCAAAAGCAUAA